GGGCGGUAGUUUUUUUAGUGAGCCCACCACUUAGCAUUUUUUUUUUCAGACUAUCUUCAACAUUUCGGACACAAAGAACAGUGACCCAUUUUCUUCUUCGGCUACGUACGGUCUCCGAACUCAAUCAUUACUUCAGUCUCCUUCAUCCCUCAAAUCUCCUCCACCCCUCAAAUCUAUGGCUUCUAUCACUAGCUUCUCGCAUCCUUUGGUAUAGUUUUUGUCACUUUCCCUUUUUUACUUUCAGAAAUCCCAAACGGAGAAACCCCCAAACCCAAACCCAAACGCCGAAACCCCCAAACCCACUCACAUUUCUCCAUCCCUCAGUUUGCACAAUGUAUAUACUCCCUCCCUCAACUCUUGAUUUUAAUUUUUUUUCUCAGUUUUUUUCGACUCUUCCGAUUUCCCUCUGCACAUAUAUAUUUAGGAAUAUAUAUAUAUAGUUUUCUUCUGUGACCCCCGACACUCUCGGCUCUCUCUAUUUUAUAUAUGCAUAUAUGUAUGUUUGGAGUGUUGAGUUUUGGGUUAAUUUUGUUCUUGUUUUUUUUUUCUCACUGCCUCUCUCGUUCUCUUGCUCAGAGUUUGCUGGAUGAUGGGAGGGUGACGAAUGGAACUUCGAUUGUGGAUGAUGGGUUUCAUUUAGUGUGUGGGAAGAAAAAGAAGGGGGCGAGUUAGUUGCUGAGUGGGCAGGAUUCUAAUUCAUCACCCGUAAGGUGGCGACAAAGGAUAAGAUCAUUGGGACGAAACCGAAGACUCCAUUUCAUAUACCGUCGAUUCUGAGACCUCAACAGGAGUUCAAAAUCUUUGUUAAUAAUGUGAGCCAACUGUUUGAGCAUGUUUGGUUGCAGAAGAGCGAGGAUGGUAAUUGUAAAGAGUGUAUUCACCCGCUGCAAGUGGCAGGCAUUCAAAUUGGCAACCCUUUCUGGUUUUGCUGAACUGUUGGGUGUUAUAAUUGUGGCGUAUCUAUUCCCAAGCAGCUUGAAUCCUGAAAUUAUUGAAGGCCUUCUUGGAGCAGUUGGUGGAGUGAUGGCUUUUCUAACUCUGCAAGAGAUGCUUCCAUUGGCGUUUGACUAUGCGGGGAAAAAGCAAUCUACAAAGGCGGUGUUCUUGGGAAUGGCUUUCAUGUCAGCAAGCUUAUAUUUUCUUGAAAUCAGCUUGCCCAAGGAGAUGAGCUUAUAGGGUUUGAUCAAUUUGCAUCAGGAUUCUACAUUGUACAUGUAUAUUAUUCGUAUAUGGAUUCUGUCGAUAAAGAUAGUGAACUGAAUUAGGUGAUGCACGGAACAGACCGUGAUAUUUUUUGGCUUCAAAGAGAUUUUGGCAUUUAAAUCUGCAAUAUGUUUGGCACCGGCCAGGUAUUGUACUAUAAAAAUUACUGGUAUUUGGAGUUAAUUUCAGUUGCUCUUUCUGGAGAUUGAUUAAUAUGUAUAAUUUCUACACAUGGAGAAGUAGUUUCUUAUUUUCAUUGGUAUCUUAGCCUCAAUAUUUUGUUUCAUUUUCAUUCUUUUGGGAUAUUUGGUGUACAUACUUUCAGUGGUGGUUCCAGAUUUUUGUUAAUUAUGCUCUUUAUUAUUAUGAUUUUUUCCUGAACAUUCCAAGACAAGGAAGUGAUGCAUCUAAUAACUAUUCGUGAU